ACACACCAUUGACUACGAAGAAAACAAAAAGGAAAAAGCCAUUAAGAGCUGCGCCUUUCCGAUUUUUUAAAAAUUAGUUACCUGAUUCAACCCAACCCUCACUCCAGCGAGAGCCAAAAUAGGUUCGACCGAGAAUCUCUACGGUGGUUUCUUCCGAUCGGAUUAUGCUAUUUCCUGCGUCGGAACACCGUACUCGUCCGAAUCGUUCACCGUCGCUUCUGCCAUUGUUCUUCAUCUCGUUUCUCUAAAAUCUCCGUUCCUCAUUCGCGGAUUCAGAGGAAAUCAGGCGAUAAUAUAAUAUAAGAGUAGGUUUGACACUUAAGCAACAUGCAAGGAAGAAUUUUUUGAGGGGGACGGGACCAUUCCAGAUAAACACCAAAUCCUCUUCUAUGAUAUUAUACAAACUUCGUUUGUUUUAUGCCUUAAACAAUGAUGAAAAAGGAAUCAUUCUCUUCUGACAUAUAUUGAAUAUAAAAACACGUGGAAUGUAUAGAGACAAAAUGCUCUUUUGCCCCAAGAUAUGGAAGUAGACAAAAGUUCAUUACUGGAGUCAUGAUGUACAAUGAUUAUUAUUUAUCUGCCUCUUUAUGUAUAUACAUGACAUUGCUGCUGAUUUUCCUUUCCUGGUUUCUUUUGGGUUAGGAUAUGAGGAAAGGGAGGUGAGGGAUACGAAGAUGGCUGCAGGAGAGGAUCAGAUGCAAGAAUCUUCCGGGAGGGAAGAGAAGAUUUUUGUUUCUGUCCGUUUGAGGCCAUUGAAUGUGAAAGAAAGGGUGAAGAACGAAGAGGCAGAUUGGGAGUGUAUCAAUGAUGAAACAGUCGUAUACAGGAGCCAUCUUUCCCUUUCCGAGCGUUCCAUGUACCCCACUGCCUACACAUUCGACAGAGUGUUUGGCCCUGAGUGUUGUACCAAGGAGGUGUAUGAUCAAGGGGCCAAAGAAGUGGCUCUCUCUGUUGUUAGUGGGGUUCAUGCUAGUGUCUUUGCAUAUGGACAAACAAGCAGUGGAAAGACUUAUACUAUGAGUGGGAUUACUGACUACGCCUUGGCCGAUAUAUAUGAUUACAUUGCGAAGCAUAAGGAAAGAGAAUUCGUUCUGAAAUUCUCAGCUAUGGAGAUCUAUAAUGAGUCUGUAAGAGACCUCUUGAGUACAGACAUUAGUCCACUCAGACUUCUAGAUGAUCCCGAGAAAGGGACAGUUGUUGAGAAACUCACAGAGGAAACUCUGUGGGGCUGGAAUCAUUUUAAGGAGCUUUUAUCAGUCUGUAUAGCUCAAAGACACAUUGGAGAGACAGCUUUAAACGAAGUUAGUUCACGCUCUCAUCAGAUUCUGAGAUUGACGGUCGAAAGCACAGCACGUGAAUAUUUAGCGAAUGAUAAAUUUAGCACACUCACAGCGACUGUGAAUUUCAUUGAUCUUGCUGGAAGCGAGCGUGCAUCUCAAUCAUUAUCAGCUGCCACAAGGUUGAAAGAAGGUGGUCAUAUAAACCGAAGUUUACUAACACUAGGAACUGUCAUUCGAAAGCUAAGUAAAGGAAAAACAGGGCACAUUCCAUUCAGAGACUCAAAGCUGACACGCAUACUUCAGUCUUCGUUGGGAGGAAACGCCAGAACUGCCAUAAUCUGCACCAUGAGUCCUGCGAGAAUCCACGUUGAGCAAUCAAGAAACACGUUGUUAUUCGCAAGCUGUGCAAAGGAGGUGACGACAAAUGCGCAAGUCAACGUGGUCAUGUCUGAUAAAGUUCUGGUUAAACAUUUACAGAGGGAGUUGGCUAAACUGGAGAGUGAGUUGAGAAGCCCUCGUCAAGCUCUUGUUGUGUCUGACACAACUGCAUUACUGAUGGAGAAGGACCUCCAAAUUCAAAAGCUAAACAAAGAGGUGUUCCAAUUAGCACAACGGUUAGAGGGGGCUCAUUCUCGGAUUGAGGAUCUCCAACAAAUUAUUGAAGAAUCACCAAUAAAAGAGAUAUUAUCAUCAGACUCAGAACAUGCAAAUUUGGUUCUUGGACAUCAAUACCCCAAGCUGCGGGUGCGCAGUUCAUGGGAAUCUCUGUAUAUAACACCAGAAAGCUCAGUAUCAGCUCAGCGAUCCAGUAUGGUUUCCCCACAAUCAACCGAGCACGGUUCUGACGAGAAUGUCUUCCAGCUUACCGACUUUAGGAUUGAUUCAGGUGCAACUAGCCCAGGCCAACAACACCUUUCAUUUGUGACUCCUGGGAAAUUCACAAAAGUUCGACUUAAUAUUCGUGGGGCAGAAAGUAAAAACCAGUCUAACAUUCACAAGGGGUUUGAAGUAGACGAAGCAAGUGAGGUGGGUUCUGAAGAUACUUGCACGGAACUUCGAUGCAUAGAAACAGAGAGCCCUGGUAUCAUCAUGUCUCCAGAGCCAAACAUGCUUCAAGACGGGUCUAUGGAUAUGAAUGCGCUACCAGUAUGUGUACCAGAUUCAAAGAACUUAAGACCACCAACAGAAAUUGUAGAAGAAGAAGAAGAAGAAGAGUGUGUAAAGGAAGUCAGUGCUGUCUUUAUCGAACCAAAGGAAUGUGUUUUGUCAUCAACUAACCUCAGAAGAGACCCUACACUUCCAGAUUCUGUCACUCUGUCUCCUGAAAAGCCUUAUAGUUUGCAUCUUGAGAAACAUUGGCCAAGAGUAGGAGGUGUGAGGCAUACUAGAAGCCAAAGCUGCGGAACAAGCUUUGUACCGGGUUCUUCCUCUCCUUCCUAUGAGCAUGAGAGAGACGCUAACACACCACCAAGCUGGUAUCAGAAAGAAAGAGCUGAGAGCAACCUGAAACCGUCCAACAUCAAGAAGCCGCCAUUACCAACGCAUUCUAGCCGGAUGAGCAUGCCAGCAACUUUGUCUGAGAAAGACUUCAACCGCAGCACCCAAAGAACGCCAGCUGCUUUAGAUGGUGUCAAUAAGAGAAAAUCAUCAACUAAUAGCUCACAGGUAUCUUCCUCUAGCGCUUCUGUGUUUAGGCGUCAGACAAGUGGUAGAGCUUCCAUCAGCCAGGAGGAAGGUGAAGAGAGUGGUCCUCAAAGGGACAAGCGAAUCAUUCAUUUAUCGAUGGAGGAAAUAGAACAGAAGUUCUUGGCUCUGAGAUCAACAAAGAGCUUCAAGGACGCUGCGGUGGACCCCAUACAAGACUAUUUAACCACGCCAUUGGACUGGCCGUUGGAGUUCAAGAGACUCGAGAUGGAGAUUAUAGAGCUAUGGCAUGCUUGCAACGUUUCCAUGGCACACAGAAGUUACUUCUUCCUUCUCUUCAGAGGGGAUCAGAAAGAUUGCCUCUACUUGGAAGUAGAACUCCGUAGACUCAAGUACAUUAGAGAAACAUUUGCCAACAAUAGCGAAGUUAUUGACAACGGACGCACUCUUACAUCAAUGUCCAGCAGCCUGAGGGCGUUGAAUAGGGAGAGGUACAAGCUGAGUCAGCUGAUGCAGAAGAAACUGAGAAAAGAAGAGAGAGAGAACCUGUUCUUGAGAUGGGGCAUUGGGCUGAACACAAAGCACAGACGGCUCCAGCUGGCGCAUCGUGUCUGGUCAGAGAGCAAAGACAUUGAUCACGUCCGAGAGAGCGCCUCUGUUGUGGGUAAGCUACUGGGGUUCGCUGACAUCGAUUCGGCGUCCAGAGAGAUGUUUGGCCUCAACUUGUCUCUUAAACCCCGUCCCAAGAAAUCUAGCCUCUGGAAACGGAGCGUUCUGUCCCUCUCCUUUUUGUAAUUGAAAGAACAAAAAAGAGGUCAGAAAUCAGAAACUCCAGCUGAUUCACGGUCCAUUUUGAUUUGGGUCUGAGACUGAGGUUGUCCGAAUGUCAUUUCUCCAAAAAUUUGUUGAUGUUUUUCAUGCCACUGAACAAUCUAUGUGGCUUUAUGUUUUGAUUUUCAUCUUUGAACUAUCAUGUAGACACUAGAGAGGAGUUGCAGAACAGUCAUAGUUGAGAGCAUUGGAUUUCUACUAUAAACACUUCAGCUA